AUGGUCAUCGCGCGAAGACCAAUGGCCGGUCACGUGAAUAUUGUCACCGAAAGGGGUAACGAUUGCAGAGUCGGUGACCAACAGAUGGACAAGUGUUUGUCUUAUACCAUACAUCAAGUGUCCAGUUAUUCACCAAACUAUCCGCCAAACCGUAUAUUAGAGGACAACCCAAACGACUCCAACUCUCGCUGGUCUUCGGAGAGCACAUCUCCUCCACAGUACAUGACAUUAAAGCUGAGCCGAACGGCGAUUGUGACCGAAAUCCUGUUCGGCAAACACCGAAAGCCGCACUUAUGUAACGUUAAACGGAUCAAAUACAUGACAUUAAAGCUGAGCCGAACGGCGAUUGUGACCGAAAUCCUGUUCGGCAAACACCGAAAGCCGCACUUAUGUAACGUUAAACGGAUCAAAGUGUUCGGCGGAAUGACCGAAGAGUCGAUGAUUGAGUUGUUGGACGACAUUCUGGCCAAUGACGGCACUCCCGAGACGUUUACGUUGAAGCACCGGAUUGUGUCCAAUGAGUUCCCGUGUCGUUACGUACGGAUACAACCGCUGCAGACCUGGUCCCGCGCCCACCACAAGCCCUAUAACUUCAGCCUAUGGUUUGUUGAGCUCAAGGGGAGAGACGACCCCUCACUAGUCAAGGAUUGUCUUCAUUGGUUCGAUGAGUACCGACAACGAGAGGCCAUUCGACUUUGUCUGAAGCUAAACGCCGUUUUCUUGACAAGCCUUCGGAAACUCAUUAACCUCCUAGUCAACGACUGUGCUGAGGUAGUGCAUCUGGUCAUUGAUGGCGAUUACGAUUCGGUUGAAGAACUGCUCGAAGAGGUCUGUGAGAAGCGUCUGUUCGACGCAUACAUCAGGCGACAGGACUAUCGGCCCGUUUGGCGCCGACUAAUACCGGGCGCGAAGAGUGUGCGGCCGGGGAUGAGAGGCGGCCAUCAGAUGUGCAUCGAUUCACUUUCGCAACUCAUAUAUCUGUUCGGCGGAUGGGAUGGCACUCAAGACUUGGCUGAUCUCUGGUCGUAUGAUAUCGCGGGUCACGAGUGGACCCGUAUCUCAAAGGACACGUUCAUAGAGGGCGGACCGUCCGCUCGUUCCUGUCAUAAGAUGUGUUUGGAUCCAAUCCGGAAGAAGAUUUACACAUUAGGCCGUUAUCUUGAUUCCAGCAUCAGAUCCAUCGAUAAUCUUAAGAGCGAUUUUUAUAUAUACGAUAUUCAAACAAAUCGGUGGACACUUGUCUGCGCGGACACGGCAUCGAUGGGCGGACCGGCGCUGGUCUUUGACCACCAGAUGUGUAUGGAUUUGGAGAAGAAUUCGAUUUAUGUAUUCGGCGGUCGAGUGCUCUCCUCAUCGGACGAACGUAUGGCCGCUAACUGUCCCGAACAGCCCCUCUUCAGCGGUCUCUAUCAAUACGACGCAAACACGGGUCAGUGGCGUAAACUAAGGGACGACUGUUCGGCGGCGGCGGGAGUGCUCACUGGCGGUCACCGGGAGAUAAAGUCACGAAUUGGCCAUUCAAUGCUUUUUCACCAGAAGUUGCGUCUGUUAUAUGUAUUCGCUGGUCAGCGGCAGAAGGAAUACCUGAGCGACUUCUUCACGUAUAACGUGGACACCGAUGAGAUAUCGGUCAUCAAUGACGGCCACAAGUCUGAAGUGCCGGCCGCGGGCUUCACGCAGAGGGCGACCAUUGAUCCCGAGUCACACGAAAUACAUGUCCUAUCGGGUCUAAAUCGGGAUAAAGACAGAGAUCGAGACAAAGAUAAGGACAGCGAUAGGGAUAAGUCGGCGAAUGAAGAGUCGGUGAAGAACUCGUUUUGGGUCUACGAUAUACUGGACAGCAGGUGGUCAUGCAUUUACCGCAACCACAACUCAAUCCAUGUCAACAAAAUCAUCGCUAAUAAUAUUACUAACACAACGAGUGGUGAUUGCGAUCUGACGACAGGCAAUACUUCUACGGCCAUCGCCGGCACCACAGAUACGGCCAACGAUGGCCUGUCUGGUGCUGCGCAGCCGUGCCCUCGAUUUGCGCACCAAUUAGUUUACGAUCACAUAAACAAAUGUCAUUAUCUCUUCGGCGGUAAUCCCGGCCGUAAUCAGAACCCGAAGCUACGACUCGACGACUUCUGGACUCUUGAACUGAAGCGUCUGUCGGGUAAAGAACUGUUGCGUUUGUGUAAACGUUUGGUUAGAGAGCAGGCCUUCCGUGAGAUGAUCGAUAGGAACGGCUCGAAAGCCAUUCAAUACCUUCAGAACCAAUUGUCCCAAACGUUCAAUCAUUCGGAUCCCGAAGAGAGCCGUUUGUUCCAGUCGUUGGCGACACUUAUAUUCCGGACCAAUGAAUGGUCUCCACAGCCGAGAAUGUGUCCAGAGAUGGGUUCGGCGACCGUUGCGGUGGAACCAGACCUCAACUACAAGAACCGAACCAAAGUGUUCGACACUAUUGUCGAGUACUUUCCCGAACACAUGACUCAACCGAAGGCCAAUUUAGUCGAUUUGGUGCUCAUAUGAGUGGACACACGCCGGCCUUCACCCAUCGGGCAUUGAAUGUGUGCUAACACAUACAGUGUGUAGUAAAUUGUAACCAUGUAGUGUUGUUUUGGUUAAAAUUGGUUCAAUAAAUGUAAAAUAUAAUCAUUAUAUUUCAA